UCACGCCAGGCAGGGCAACAGGCAAUUUACAUUGGGGAUUGUCCGGGGUGUCUGUGUAGGCUAUAUGUGCGACCACAACUGUGGAGUUUCCACAAUAAAUUAUUGUAGGUGUACUUUUUAUUUAGCCUACUUUGGAAUGCUGUAUUUAGACUGCAAUGUUGCUUUUCCUGCUGAAAGGCAAAAGGCUGACAACUUGCAUCAGGUGUGGACUAUUUUGUAAUGAUUAGCUGGCGAGCAGCUAAUCGUCACUGGAGAAACUUUACGCAUGAAACGGCUUUGUUUCCUCGCUUUGCAACAAGUUUCUACGAAGGAAUAAUUCGACUUGACAAAGGUGCCAAAUCGAAGCAGCAUCGUGAUAUAAACUACACGGACAGCUCUAUCAGCUUUUUUUUACAUUUCUUGAACUAUUUUUUUUAAACAAGGCGGGGCUAAAUUAGUUUGGUAGCUACCAAGCUACGGUCUAUCGGACAGAACAGAGGAAAACUCUUCUGGUCACCACUGCGGUUUGUUCUGGAUCGCAGGAACAGCUGUAACAUCUUCGAAUCCUCCCUCAAUCAACGGGAUUGGCAAUAGGUUUAAAUGCGGUACGAAGCUAAAAUGAUGCCGAUGUUCCUGACCGUGUACCUCAGUAACAAUGACCAGCAUUUUACUGAGGUGCCCGUCACCCCGGACACCCUCUGUCGGGACGUGGUGGAUCUGUGCAAGGAACCGGGGGAGAGCGACUGCUACCUGGCCGAGCAGUGGCGGGGCUCGGAGCGGGUGGUCGGGGAGGGGGAGAGGAUGCUGGACAUUCUGCAGCGCUGGGGCCAGCAGAGGGUCGAGGUGCACUUCUUUCUGCGGCACGAGCGCCCGCCCGGCCGUGACUCAGGUGGAUCCAGAGGUCCAGAGCACAUGGCCAAGCGGAACGGGGUGAAGGGUCCCACAGACAGACGCAUGGAGAACGGGGUGGGGCCCCCUCGUAUGGACAUGACCCUGACGGAGCUGCAGGAGAUGGCCUCCAGGCAGCAGCAGCAGAUCGACGCACAACAGCAGCUCCUGGCCUCCAAGGAGCAGCGGCUGCACUAUCUGAAGCAGCAGGACCAGCGGCAGCAGCAGCAGCAGCAGGCCUCGGAGCAAGAGAAGCUGCGGAGGCUGAGGGAGAAUGCAGAGAGUCAGGAGGCCCGGCUGAAGAAGGUCCGGGCCCUCAAGGGCCAGGUGGAGCAGAAACGCCUCGGCAACGGCAAACUGGUGGAAGAGCUAGAGCAGAUGAACAGCCUGUUUCAGCAGAAGCAGAGGGAGCUCGUGGCGGCCGUGACCAAGGUGGAGGAGCUGAGCCGCCAGCUGGACAUGCUGAAGAACGGCAAGAUGGAGGCCUUCCAUGACAACCAGAGCUCGGCGGCAGAGCUGGACCGCAUGUACAAGGAGCUGCAGCUGAGGAACCGGCUGAACCAGGAGCAGAACGCCAAGUUGCAGCACCACCGGGAGAGCCUGAACAAGCGCAACCAGGAGGUGGCGGCCAUGGACCGGCGCGUUGGCGAGCUGCGAGACCGUCUGUGGAAGAAGAAGGCCGCCCUGCAGCAGAAGGAGAACCUGCCCAAUGGCGUCCCCAUUAGAGAGAAGACUUCGAAAGGCGAUCAUCAAAAGCUCCCUGCAGAUGCGAACCCAGCACAGCAGAUCGGCCCCGCCCGCGUGGCGGCCGUGGGCCCCUACAGGCAGUCCGCUACCAUGCCACGCGGCUCCUCGAACGCCGGCGACGCCCUGCUAAAGCCCGCCUACCCCGACGGCACGGCCACCCUGCCCAUCCAGGACAGCCCCCUCAAAGCCCAGGCCAGGGGCAGAGCUCCCGCAGGGCCACGCCUACAUUCAGCCAAGGUGUCAGAGCAGGGAGGCUCUGUCCCAGAGUCCAACGGUGCCCAUGGCCCCUCCCGCACCCACGUGAUGGAGCAAGACGACACCGAGGUCCUGAAGAGGGACAGAGACAAGAAGGUGCGCCCCGUCUCCAUGUUCGAGUCCACAGAGCCGGCCACCACCUCCCUGCGCAAGAACCAGAGCAGCGAGGACCUGGUGCGGGAUGCUCAGAAUUCUGGGAUGGGGUCGGUCAAGGUCCCCCCACCAGUAGCCAGCAAACCCAAACAGGUGAACCUCUCGCUCGGGCUCCCGCCAGCCCAGCCCACCUACGGGAAGCCGGCCGUUAAUGCCGGAACCUUCCCCGGCAAGGCCAAAACUCCGGGCCAGCACUCGGCCCCUGGGCCGACCUCCUGGGGCUCCGGGGACCCGUCCCACAGCCAGACCCUGCCCCUGCCCCCCAAGCAGGAGCCCCCGGUGGCAGCGGCUGUGCGACCUUUUACCCCGGAGCUCGCCCCGCCCAAAGAGGCCGGCCCCCAGGGCUUCCACAAGCCCCCCACGGCUGCAGCCAGCUCCAUCUACUCCAUGUACACCCAGCAGCCCGGGAAGGUCUUCCAGACCGUGCAGGGAGCGCUGAGCCGGGCCCAGGGCAGACCCAGCCCCUUCGUUAGCGUGUAUGGGAAGCCUGUUGUCCCAGGAGGGGUUCAGCAGUCCCAGGUUGGGUACCUAGAGAACCCGUACGCAGAGCGGCUCCAUACGGAUGCUGAUCAGGGGGCCCCCACCCCUGCGACAGAGGGCCCAGAGACAGAGCGUACCCCCAGGCCCCUGAGCCCCACCAAGCUGCUGCCCUUCAUCUCGAACCCGUACCGGAACCAGAGCGACGUGGACCUGGAGGCGCUGCGGAAGAAGCUGUACCACGCGCCGCGGCCCCUGAAGAAGCGCAGCUCCAUCACCGAGCCCGAGGGCCCCGCGGGGCCCAACAUCCAGAAGAUGCUCUACCGGAAGGCCACGCUGGCCGCCAUGGAGACCAUCACAACCUCCACCCCUUUCUACCAGCCCAGCCCCCCCGGAGGGGAGGAGGAGAUCGCCGAGCCGGCCCCGGCCCCAGAGGCGGCCCCAGAGGCGGCACCAGAGGCAGCCCCAGCCCACGAACCCCCGCAGGAGGCCCCAUCCACCACGGGCGACGCCCCCGAACCGCCGGCCCCCGAGCCCAUCGUAGACAGUGACCUGGAGGACUUUGUCCCGCCUCCGCCACCCUCACACCCUGCCCCCACCCUCGGGGACCCCAACAGCUUCCCGCCGCCCCCGGCCUUGCCCCUGUCUGACGAGGACGAGGAGCCAGAACCUUCCCUUUCAUCACCCCCACCCGACUCCUUCCUGGAGGAGUUCCCCCCCUACCCACCACCCCCGUACCCCAGCGGAGCGGAGCAGGACAGCCUGGGGGAGGACCCCCUCAGCAUGAAGGCCCCUGAGGUCACGGGACAGGUCACCCUACCCCCGGGCAAGAGGACCAACCUACGCAAAGUGGGGUCGGAGCGCAUUGACCACGACAUGCGGGUCCGGUUCAACCCACUGUCCCUGCUGCUGGACUCGUCUCUGGAGGGCGAGUUCGACCUGGUCCAGAGGAUCAUCUACGAGGUGGAGGAUCCCAGCCUGCCCAACGAUGAGGGCAUCACCGCCCUGCACAACGCCGUCUGCGCCGGGCACACCGAGAUAGUCAAGUUCCUGGUGCAGUACGGCGUCAACGUCAACGCUGCCGACAGCGACGGCUGGACCCCCUUGCACUGUGCAGCCUCCUGCAAUAAUGUGCAGGUGUGUAAGUUCCUGGUGGAGUCGGGAGCAGCGGUGUUCGCCAUGACCCACAGCGACAUGCAGACUGCCGCAGACAAGUGUGAGGAGAUGGAGGAGGGCUACACGCAGUGCUCCCAGUUCCUGUACGGGGUCCAGGAGAAGAUGGGCAUUAUGAACAGGAGCAUGGUCUACGGCCUGUGGGACUAUGCAGGGGAGAACGAGGACGAGCUUCAGUUUGGGGAGGGUGACUGCAUGACCAUCCUGCGGCGCGAGGACGAGGACGAGAGCGAGUGGUGGUGGGCGCGCAUGGGUGACACCGAGGGGUACAUCCCCCGAAACCUGCUGGGGCUGUAUCCAAGAAUCAAGCCACGGCAGAGAAGUCUGGCCUAGGCCUAAAUGGUGUGGGUUCUCAUGGAUCCUGAAGUCCAGUUCCAUGCGCACACUGCACCACUGAUGGACAGAAGCACUUUGACCUUUUUAGGAGGCUGACGACGGGGUGAAGAAAAAACUAAACAGAUGAAGGAUCUUGGACUCAAACAUGGACGUUCCUUUACGCACCGCUCCUGGACCGCUGACUCGUGCCGGUCGAAAGAAUGACUACUGUUUUUAGACGGAAAGACGGACAGCUUAUACGAGCGCCUUUCUGGAGAAUACUUCUGUACAGGAAAGAAGCAUCUGUUGUUUCUAACUGCUGUAUACGACUCUUUUAUAGGGGGAAAGCUCUGAACAAACAGUAUUUUUAAGCAGAGGGUGAAUUUUCUUAGAUUUCUUUACAAGCACAAUCUUAUCUUUCGGGUUAUUACUUGGGGGAAGGGUUUGUACUUUUAAAGGAGCCAGGCCUUUUUAAUACAUGACAGAAGUAUGCAUGAGAUGAUGAUAAUGGAUGAACGGAUGCUACGUUGUUGUGAGAAUUUCACUGAAGCGGAAGUUGUCUCGGUUCCCAGUCCCUUUCGUUUGGACAAUCUCCUGGGGACACCGUGGUGUGUCUGUGUUUCUGUUACGGUUUCUAUGUAUUCGAUCAAAGUAUUCUUUUGGAUUUUUUCAUAUACUGUUUCACAGCCAUUUUCCAUGGUGUAGGACUCAUGUAAUGUACGCACGUGUGCUUGUCAGCUUAGCCUCCUGCUUCACCCAUAUCAAAUGAUGGACAGGCUACGGUGUGCCGUUUUUGUCCAUCAAUUGUAUAUUAAUGCACUAACAUAAGCUAUUUGCAGUGGCGCACCCUGCAGGAUGUUAACAUCUCAACAGAAUGUUACCGGUGUUCACUUAAAAUGAAUUCUGUCAGAUAUUGCUUGUCACCAAAGCUGGCUAAAAGCACACAUACUUUUUUUCAUUAUUAUUUUUUUAUAUGCAUAUAGCCACUAACUAAUUCAUGGCCAGUCAUGUUCGGUACAGAACUGUGAAAUGAUAUUUUUUUAUUAUGUUGUGUAUGAACUGUCAAUGUGAGAAAUCCACUUCAGAAAUGCCACUGCUGUUGUCUGCUAUGGGUCAUGUGUGAACAGCGAGCCUGCUGUGUUGGGGGGUCUCCAAUGGGACCUCCAAUGGGGCCACCAGAGAGACUGCAAAUGGAAAAAACUGCAUUGUUUCAGUUCCUGCAACAAAAAACACUCGCUACCCCACCUCCCUCAGCCUGCAGGUAAUGUCGUAGACAUGUCAUUUUACAGUUAGUCUCACUGAAAGCAGCGGCAGUCAUAACUGAAACCUUUUUCUAUUCGUCGACCAGAGAUCACAUGACCUCUGGAGCCUCCGCUACAGUGGUAAUCAGUCAAUUCAUUGUCGCAGAUGAGAACUUUGCCUUGCAGGCUGGCUAACACACAUGAUGUGGUAAUGAGAACAAAAACCUAUAGCACAUGCACAACUGUCAUAUCUACGAGUAUAUUUAUUUUUGUUUGUUUUGUUGUAAUUGUCAAAACUUGUAACAUCACGUUUUGUUUGAUUAAUUUACAAUAAAGUACUUUGAAUACAAACCAUA